AUGGAAACACUUGAAGAACUUUACGAAAUAUUUUACUCAGUACCAGACCCUGGGGGGUCCGACGAAUAUCUACUCACCGCGAUAGACAACUGGCUUCCCAAAAAAAAUCUAACCCGCAAACAAAUAUUCCAACUACUACAUGUACUUGACCACAAACAAGAAAACCACACCGUUACCAAAAACGAAAAAUAUGCAUGCAUCCUCGGAAUAUUUUAUUACUACGGUAUCGGCACACCAGUUAACUACGAACUCGCAUUCGAACACUAUAAAGUAUCCGCUGAAUCUAAUGAUGCACUUGGACAAAAUCAACUCGGAUAUUGCUACCACUAUGGGACAGGCACGAUUAAAGACCGUAACGCCGGAUUCGAAUGGUUUCGAAGGUCGGCGAUGAACGGUAAUAUAUGCGGCCAGCGAACACUAGGUCAUUAUUAUUAUUUUGCGUUGGCUUGUUCCCGUGAUUAUCGACAAGCUUUUUAUUGGUACAUGAAAGCGCACGAAAGUGGAAAUCCGAGAGCCGCACGUGUGAUUGCUACUUGCUAUUUUGAGGGAAAUGGAACUUUUUUGGAUUAUCAUUGUGGGUUCCGUUGGGCUAGGAAAACUGGAAGAAGGUAUUUGCAUCACGCAAUUUCACAUUAUCAAUCCACAUAA